CCAGCCUGCGCAAGCGCGCUGUGGGCCGUUAGCUGUCAGGAGCCUAGCAGCGGGCGGCGGGGAUCCGACGUCUGUGCAGGGACUCAGCUAUCUGAGCCCGGUGCAGCAACCACCCCGACAAGCAAGCGCCCCGAAGGCCCGGGCUGCCUGCCAGGUCACAGAGUCGAGCGGAGACCUGUGGGGCAGUUGGCCGCGCAGGCAAGAUGGGGAACCGGGAGAUGGAGGAGCUGAUCCCGCUGGUGAACCGUCUGCAGGACGCCUUCUCGGCGCUGGGACAGAGCUGUCUGCUGGAGCUGCCGCAGAUCGCCGUAGUGGGCGGCCAGAGCGCCGGCAAGAGCUCGGUGCUCGAGAACUUCGUGGGCAGGGACUUUCUUCCUCGAGGCUCAGGCAUCGUAACCAGACGACCCCUUGUACUCCAGCUUGUCACCUCUAAAGCAGAAUAUGCUGAGUUUCUACAUUGCAAAGGGAAAAAAUUUACAGAUUUUGAUGAGGUUCGCCAUGAGAUUGAAGCAGAAACAGAUCGAGUGACGGGAAUGAAUAAGGGCAUCUCCUCCAUACCCAUCAACCUCCGAGUCUAUUCUCCACAUGUGUUAAAUCUAACGCUAAUCGACUUACCUGGAAUAACGAAAGUGCCAGUGGGAGACCAGCCACCAGAUAUUGAGUAUCAGAUCAGAGAUAUGAUUAUGCAGUUCAUCACAAGGGAGAACUGUCUGAUUUUGGCUGUCACCCCAGCUAACACUGAUCUUGCGAACUCAGAUGCACUGAAGCUAGCAAAAGAAGUUGAUCCUCAAGGUCUGAGGACCAUUGGCGUUAUCACAAAGCUGGAUCUCAUGGAUGAAGGAACUGAUGCCAGGGAUGUGCUGGAGAACAAGCUGCUGCCUCUUCGAAGGGGCUACGUGGGGGUGGUCAACAGAAGCCAGAAGGACAUAGAUGGGAAGAAGGACAUUAAGGCGGCCAUGUUGGCAGAAAGGAAAUUUUUCCUUUCUCACCCGGCUUAUAGACAUAUUGCUGAUCGUAUGGGGACCCCCCACCUCCAGAAGGUCCUGAAUCAGCAACUUACCAACCAUAUUCGAGAUACCCUACCCAACUUCAGGAACAAACUCCAGGGACAGUUGCUCUCCAUCGAACAUGAAGUCGAAGCCUUCAAAAACUUCAAACCGGAAGACCCCACGAGGAAGACAAAAGCUCUGUUGCAGAUGGUCCAGCAGUUCGCUGUGGACUUUGAGAAGAGAAUCGAAGGGUCGGGGGACCAAGUCGAUACACUAGAGCUCUCUGGCGGUGCUAAAAUCAAUCGCAUUUUCCACGAGCGCUUUCCCUUUGAGAUAGUGAAGAUGGAGUUCAAUGAGAAAGAAUUGAGAAGAGAAAUAAGCUAUGCAAUCAAAAACAUACAUGGUAUCAGGACAGGGCUGUUUACUCCAGACAUGGCAUUUGAGGCAAUAGUCAAAAAGCAGAUAGUAAAGCUGAAAGGACCUUCCUUGAAGAGCGUGGACCUGGUAAUGCAGGAAUUGAUCAACACUGUGAAGAAGUGUACCAAGAAACUGGCUAACUUCCCCAGACUUUGUGAGGAAACAGAAAGGAUCGUUGCUAACCACAUCCGUGAGAGAGAAGGGAAGACCAAGGACCAGGUCCUGCUGUUGAUUGACAUUCAAGUCUCGUACAUUAACACCAACCAUGAAGACUUUAUCGGCUUUGCAAAUGCUCAGCAGAGGAGCAGUCAGGUUCACAAGAAAAGCACAAUUGGAAAUCAGGGAACCAAUCUUCCGCCUUCAAGGCAAAUUGUGAUUCGUAAGGGCUGGCUGACUGUCAGCAACAUUGGGAUCAUGAAAGGAGGCUCGAAGGGCUACUGGUUCGUCCUCACUGCAGAAAGCUUGUGCUGGUAUAAAGAUGAUGAGGAAAAAGAAAAGAAAUACAUGCUUCCACUGGACAACCUGAAAGUCCGGGAUGUGGAGAAGGGCUUCAUGUCCAGCAAGCACGUCUUUGCACUCUUUAACACAGAACAAAGGAAUGUAUACAAAGACUAUCGUUUCCUGGAGUUGGCCUGUGAUUCCCAGGAGGAUGUGGACAGCUGGAAAGCAUCUCUGCUAAGAGCUGGGGUCUAUCCAGAUAAAUCUUUAGGAAGCAACAAAAAUGAAAAUGAUGAAAAUGGCCAAGCAGAAAACUUUUCCAUGGACCCACAGUUGGAGAGGCAAGUGGAGACCAUACGCAACCUAGUAGACUCUUACAUGUCAAUAAUCAACAAAUGCAUCCGAGACCUAAUUCCAAAAACAAUAAUGCAUCUGAUGAUCAAUAAUGUUAAAGACUUCAUCAACUCUGAGCUCCUAGCACAACUAUAUUCUUCUGAGGACCAAAACACUCUGAUGGAAGAGUCUGCUGAGCAGGCUCAGCGCCGGGAUGAGAUGCUCCGAAUGUACCAAGCCUUGAAAGAAGCCCUUGUGAUCAUUGGUGACAUCAACACGGCCACUGUGUCAACCCCAGCCCCACCUCCAGUAGAUGACUCCUGGCUCCAACAUUCCCGCAGGUCACCUCCUCCAAGCCCCACCCAAAGGCGGCCAACUCUAAGUGCUCCCCUCACGAGGCCCACAUCUGGCCGUGGACCAGCCCCUGCCAUUCCCUCUCCAGGCCCCCAUUCUGGGGCUCCCCCAGUCCCAUUCCGCCCCGGCCCAUUACCUCCUUUUCCCAACAGCAGUGACUCCUUCGGAACCCCUCCGCAAGUUCCUUCCAGGCCCACGAGGGCACCCCCCAGUGUUCCAAGGUUUGGUGCCAUGAAGGAGGAAGCUGCCGAGCCUUGAAGUCGUGGGGCUCAGCGUACAUGGAAAUUAAGCAACCCGUGUGACUAACCUGGUGUCAUUCCCCUGCGGUCACACAUGGAAACAUCCUGACUUACCCCCUCUACUCCUGAACAGCCCUCUAAAACUGAUGUUUUUAGCAGCCAAGUGUCAUUUAGACAAAGGAUGAAAUCACCUUGUGAUUUGUGAUGUCAGCUGUGCAUUUUCUGUUCUCCCCACUAGCCUCCCUCAAAGAAAAAAAUAAAAACUAUAGUCAGAUAUUCGGAUUUGUCAGGGAGCUGGGUUUUUUUUUUUUUUUUAAGCAACUAGAUUUAAAAGUUUAAAAAAACCCACAUUAUUCAAAAAUAUAAUUGCUAAGAGCAGAACUUUGAGUUGUUAUAACAAAUUCUUAUUUUCAAGGCAAACAUAUUAUAAAAAAAUUGGUACUGAAGCCUCCAAAUGUAAUUAAUAAUUUGCUGCAGGUUCAACAUGAAUUGUCAUGAUGAGCUCAUGGUACUUUAAUGAAGCUAAAAUUUCACUGUUCACUUUAAGAAAACGUCCACUUUUAUUUAAGGCCCUCUGUUAUAUACACCACCAAAAGCUCAUUCUGUUUACAUGACAAUUCUUAUUCCAGUGUACUGUUUCAAUUCUUAUGGCGACAUACUAUUUUGCUGUAAUGAAGCAAUUGGUUAAUGUCAAAGGUUUUCACUCUUCAGGUCCUGUUUUCAAUAUGGUUUAAGUGAAAGUCAGAUUAUCUUAGCAGUUUCCUCCUUGGGUCUAGCAAAGUAGUCUAUUUUACACAGACGUUUCCAUCCUGCCACAGAUCAGAUGAUUGGCAGUCUCUUUAGGUGAGGCCCAUGUAUACCACAUUCAGUGUCCCACAGGUCAGAAUUUGUGAACUUUGUGGAAGUGUCUAGGUAGACAUCGGUUGGCCUGUCUGCUUUCCCUGUGCCCCUUAUCUUUUCCACAUAGCCUAUGUUGCAGGAAAGCAAAAGCAAAAAAGGGGAGAUAAGACUUACCUAAUGCAAACCACAAAUAACCCAAAUGCAGACAGCAGACAGCUCACCCUACCCUAAGCUGCUGUUGGCGCAGCAGCGGCGACAGGCGUUCAGUUAGGCAAACACAACUGCGCCCAUCGCUCACGUCAAUAACAAACAGCUCUAAGUCACUAAACGCUCAGUCACUGCAGCACAAGCCCUUUUGCAUUUCAGGGUGCCCAGUUCUGCCCUGGGUUUCACCCGAUUGAUAGAGGAAGGCAGCCAAGACAGGAGUCUGGUAAAGGAGGCGCUGGCCAGGGAGAAUGCACGGCUGAGGAGGAGGAUUUUUUCCUGUGGCUAGUCAGCAGCACUGUCACCAGCUGGAAUCUGCUGAAUGUUCCGAUAUACAAGUUGAAGUCAGCUCAGAAAAAGGGGAGCAAUACCCCACCCAGUGUAAGCAGACACGCCAGACUUAGGGGUGCACACAAGCCAGUUAGGACUCGAGUUUCAUCAACAUGUUCUUUCAUUCCCCUCACUGUAAGAAAAGGAUGAUUUUCAAGAAAGCUUCACACUCAGACACUCCAAAGACUUCAGAAACUCAUGAUGUAUGAUUUCGUGGCUCUUUCAUGUCUACCUUUUAGCCAGGCAGAAAACUACGAGAACAGGCUUUUUUGUUUUUGUUUUUUUUUCUUUUCUUUUCCUCCAACUCAGCAGCUACUAUGAGAGAUUAAAAGUGAGAUUUAGACAAACCUUGCAAGACAGCCAGGAAAUUAAAGAUGAAAAUGUAAAUGCAGCAUCUUGCUCUAUGGACAUCCCCGGGACACCUAACUCCAGCAGUAUAAGAAAGGAGUCGAGGACUUAGCUGAGGGUUUGAUGGCUUCGCCUGCUUGUCAUGCUUUUAUUGCUGCUUAAACAUAGAAUUUUAAAGUCUCUGACACUGGAAUUCCUUAGCUUACUCAUGCCAACAUAUUGUAAGCAUUGUCUGGGGGGACCCUCUGAAUCUAAACACAUAUUUACACCCUUUAGUUGCCAAAUGGACUCCAUCUGGCUCACCGAUGUUGUUGCCAAAGGGAUAUUACACUUUUGGUCAGGCUAGAAUUUUCAGUGCCAGAGUAGGGGUUUCUGGGAAGGCUCUGGGUCUGAGAGACACUACACGUUUGUAGAUGCCACAUUACGUGAGUAUUUGUAUGUUUGGAUCACAUGGCGACUCUAACUCAAAAUAGAAUUCCAACACAGGACAAUGUCAAAAGCCACAAGGUUUUCAGGAACCCUCUCCAUGGCAUGGCUCAUUCUUCACAUCUGGCUGCUCUUCAGGCAUCAGAGCCACAUGAUAGGCAAAACCACAAAUACCAAAUGCUCCAAUUUCUUCUUUUUAACCAUUCCCAUAAGCACUGAGAAAUAUCCACUCUUGUUUUUCAGUCAAAAUAAUCAGUUCACACGAAUCACAUGAACUCAUUCUGUCCACAGGCCUGGGGGGGCGGGGAGUAGUGAAAAUGGUAAUUAGCCAAAUUCUCCAUGUCUCAGCAUCAGUGUGGCAGGGCACAGCCUCUUGAUUUCAGUUACUCAGAAAGAGGAAAUUGCCCAUACGGGGAUGAUCUAAACACCAGAAAAAUGAGACAAGGUAUGAUAACGCUCCUCACUGCUCUUACAGGAACCCCAUAAAUGUACAUACAGGUAACUAUGAGAUUCAUCAAUAAGCACCAUCCUUUCCCUGUUUCUUUGAUGGGAAGGAUGGUAUAGAAGCAGAGAAGAAAAUAAAGACUAAAUCAUCAUAGAUACUGGACCACAGACAUAUUUCAAAAUUUGAAAACUAAGAGAAGCUAAAAUAAAGGUGGACAUAACAGCAUAUACCUAUAGCCCCAUAACUUGGGAGGCUGAGGCAGAAGGAUCAUGAGUUUGAAGCCAACCUGGGUUAUAUCGUGAGUUCAGGCCAUCACAAGCUAUAUAGUAAGAUCCUCUCUCAACUCUACCACACUCCCUCCAAAAACGAAGGUGGGCAGUGUGAGAAGGCCUCAAGUAGCUUUCAGUUUAAUCUGGGAAAUGGCCCUAUUCUACAACCAAAUAUACCAUUUGCCUCCACCAUGUGAACACUUGCAUUUGGUUUUAGAUAUUUGGAAGCAAUGUAGUCUAGAUAUAUCCUUCAUCUGCAUACGUCAAUAAAACAUUCAAUAUAACACAAAUAUAUAUCAUUUGCAAGUACCUGUGAUUAUUGUAUAGUUCAUCUAGCAUGCAAUAAUCUCUUGUGGCAGAAAGAGAGGAGAAAGCCUACUUUGGCUAUUUUUAUUUUCCACUCUUUUCUUGAACUUACUAUGUGGCCACCUCUAGCCUUGAAUUCCUAAUCUUCCUGCCUCUAUCUCCCAAGUGUUCAGAUUAUAGGAGUGUACCAUGUAAUACCCAGGAAGAAGGACAUCUAAGGCAUUUUGUAAUACUUUGGGUAGUUUGCUUGACAAUAGAUACUUUUAUAAGAUGCAUUCUGGACCAUGUGUAUUUUCUUAAGUUCAUAGUGUGAUUAUUCUCAAAGCUAAUUUUAAAACUGAAUGAAAAUUUUCCUUCAAGUAAACCUUCCUUUAAGUAUCAUGCCCCAGGGCCUACACCACAAGACAUUCCCACUCCCUGCUACUACAAUUGCAUUCACAAGAAAAAGCUGUAAAAACUCAGCCAAAUAUCCACUGGUUUUUAAAAAACACUCCCUAUAGUGUCAGAAACUAUUUUAACAACUAAAAUAAUAAACCUUCAUGUGAGGCAAGUUCUACAGUAUCUUAAUUAUUGGCUUCUGGGGUGAAAAAUUAAGGAAACAUUAGUGAAUGUGUUAACUAGACAAAGCAUGGCAGGAAUUUCCCUCCAUUUACCUAAGACUGAAAGCAAAAUAAAAUCCAUGCUCUGUAUGUAAGCCACCGGCAUGAGAGCGAAAUUCAAAUUGUAGAACUACCAAUAAAUAACAGCGCUCAGAAAAAAAUCCCUGUAACUCAUCAGGAGCCUUCGAUUAACCUAGUGAAAUGCUCUAUGGUUCAGUUCAGGAAUCUGUAAUGAGGGGAUGUUGAUAUAAUUGUUCGUCUAUGAUGUACAGUGGUUAGUGUUCUGCCCUGCAAUGUAAUUGUUUACAUUGCCUUAAUAUUUCCAAUACUCUAAAUGAUUCUAUUAACAUCUUAAUAUUUAAUACUUGAAAGCCAGUUUGAAUCUUUGGCUUUUAAAAGUUCAUGAUUUUUGAAUACACACAUUGAGCUGAUGCUUUUUUUUCUUCCAAUUAUGCUCUUGCAGCUUUCACUCUGUUUUUAACUCGAGGCCUUUUUCUCCAUGAGUCUAUUUGGUACAUACUCUUAAUUCAUAGUCUUCUAGGUGAGGACAGUACAUGUGGACACUCAUGCCAGGGCAACUUACCAGUCCUACUAUAUUGUUCCCAAGUCCCCUUCCCUGCAGAAUGGGGAAUUUUGGUAAAAUAGUCUAGAGAGACCCCAAGGUAUCUCUGCAAGUUACAAGUGCUUCAUGGUCUCCGUAGCCUGUUUGCAGUUUUCAAUUGAAAUGCUAUUUUUUUGUCAUAGGAAUUUGCAUAUUUUACUUUUUCCCCUGCAGAAUCUAUACCUAACCUAAACCGAUUAUAUAGUUAGCACUAUAUAAUCGGUUAAAAUGAAAGCACAUCUUCCAAUGGAAUCCCGUGAGAGUAGGGUGGUAGCGCCGUUGUCUCUCAUACAGAAGACAGUGUCGAAUUGGAAAAACAAGGCUUAGGAGCAUCCCCCUUUCCUGCAAAUCCCUUGCAGCCCCUCUCCUUUAUUCAUCCCUGCUCUGAUUUCCUUUGUCACUCUGGCCCUACACAUCAUUAUAUAGAACAGUCUUCCGCUAGUUACUUAUGGUAGACACCUGUCUUCUAGCUGUGCUUGGCAGGCCAACAGGAUGAGGUAAUAAUCAGAAGAGAAUGUUCUGGUUCUUUAGCCACAUCCACGUACAAUUUUACUCAAAACAGCUCUCUGCGGGUGAGAACAGAGCGGUUUUGAGAUCCCUCUGUCUAACAUUCUGUAGAAGCCUGGAAGAAAAAAACUGUAAACUUUUUUGAUCCUUCUAGAAUAAUGGAAACAUAAAUGAUAGCUACCUUGGCCCAUCCUUUCAAAACUGUUUACACACAGAUGUGCAUGGAAAUGAGACCCUCACAUUUAUAAACAUUUUGGCUCUAUUUUCUCCAAGUCCAGCCGUCAUCUUAAGCACUUCUCCAUGUGGCUGUACAGCACUGUUUUCCUAAGAGCAUAUUUUGUGAAGGAUUUCUCCAGGGCAAUGGCAGUCUUUGUAAGACAGAUGCCUGAAGGACAUAUGGUUUCCAUAGAUUUUCUGUCUAGACUGGCUUUAUUUAGUGACUCUUGGUCUGAGUUGGUCUAGUUAAAGUUUCUGCAGGAGCUUGUAUAAAAAUUUUUAGGUGUGGGCAUACCAUCAAGGUGUAAAACAAAAACUUUGACUUCAUAUUGGCAAGAGAAUAGAAGGGUUCAUUGAACAUUUUUCUUUAAGUUCUGAUCAUGUUGAACGUCCACUUACUCAUUCCAUCCCCAACCACUGUCCAGAAUGGAGACUAACUCUUAGUCUGAUUACUGCUAAGUUCACACCCUCCUCGAUGUUUUCCUGAGAAAAUUCUUUGUGUUGCCAUUGGUGUGUGUGUGUGUGUGUGUGUGUGUGUGUGUGUGUGUGUGUGUGUGUGUUUGAAAGCUCUAAUUCUCUCUUUACAUGGCCCAGGGGACCUAUGAUUUCUUGCCCUUUUAGCACCAAUUUUUUUUACAAACACAGCAUUUUUCUGACUUGAAGGAAAAAAAAAAAAAGCCACUGAGUAAGGGACUCAACCAUUUGGCAUUUCGGUAGCUCCUUCAACCAACAAUGAAAAUUCUGUUUUAAAAUGUGGUUUCUGAGCCAGUGUUCAAGGCUGCUCUAGAAACAAUAAGAUCCUUUCAGGAGGAAAGAAUAACUUCUCAGCUUGCCCAGAAGUCAGCUUUGCUCUCUUUUGUGAACAACAGGCUCAUGGAAAGGAAAGACCCUGCGACACUCUGCACACACACACAAAAUGCUGUCACUUGCCCUCUCACUGAGCAUUUAAUUGGUCUUCUUCACAUAUUUGUUCACUGACAUGGCAGCUCACAAGGCACAACGCCUCUCUGUUUUUCUGUUUGCUUUAAUUUUUUCUUUUGUUUUUAAAUGUUGAGCUCUAAGGCAUAUUAGAGCUCCCCCUGCUGGACUUUUUAAGAACACUAUUGAGUAGGCCAUGGGUAUCAUGGCAAUUCUUUGUCUCCAUUUUUUGCCACUCAAAGGGCAAGAAAAGUAUUGUGUAGCACAUUUAAAACUGGCCUUUUGACUCACCGGUGUCACCAGCCAAGAGUAAAACAUUGGUGCAUCCUGGUCUUUUCUAAAUCUUCAGAUUUAGAUUUAUUUUGUUACAGUAAAGCAAUUUUUCAAAAAGAAUUGGCCUGCUCCCCUUUCUAAUCACCCAGUUACCUUCUCUGAACUAAGGCCCCAAGCCCUAUCCCUAUGCCUGAAAGACAUCCAAGGUCGUGCUCGUCUUUCCUAAAGCAGAAGUGAGUUUACUGUCUCGUUCAGAGGUGCAGAUCACUGUGUUUUCCCUCCCUCCUCCUGCUUUUUCUUUUCCAUGACUUCUAAUGCCAGGGGACUGCACAUCCUGGAAGUGGAAACUUCCCAUAGCUCCUUCUGGGUACCUACUUCAGAGCCUCACUUCCUUCCUCCAGAUGGCAAAAUCAGAUCCUCCCUCUCCUGGAGCCUGAGGUAGGAGGGAGGUGAGGACCAG